AGGGGCAGGAUCCUUAAAGUGCAGCAGGAGCAGCUAAACAUGAUCUUUGUUUAGGAAGUGGAAUUGGGCUUAUCAGCACCACAGACUGACUCGUGCAGCCUCUCAGACUGAUUGAUUUUGCUGGAGUUAGAAGCAGCUACAUUCGUACUGUCGUUAAGCAGCAGCAUUUGCAGGGUGGGGGAUAAAAAAGGUCGGGAUCAAGAUCCAGGGAUCUGGAGCACUAUCCAUCUGUCUCUGGAUUGUGUUGUUGUAGCAGGAGUAUCUUCACUCGGUCUCCAUUUAUGCAGCAGAAUUUGGGAUGGGAGCCAAAAGUUGGUUGGAUCCAGCAGGAUUCAAGUGCCAGGUUUUGCAGCACUGUUGCAGAUUCAGGGGGAGUUGUGGGUGUUUUAGCAUCAGACUUUUUCUUACAGUACAAUCCGGGAGCCUUAGGUUCUAAAUUGACAGGCAGAUCGAGCUUUUACCCAGACCCGAAGGCAGGUCGGGAAAAGAGAACAACUAUGUUCCUGCACUUCCAAGGGGGAAGGGGCAGUAGACACAGACAUUUAGUGAUUCCGAUCCAUUAUGUGCAUGGUAUCAAAUAUAGUGAAAACACAUCCCUGAAAUUGGAGCUGGGUCGUUUGACCCUAAGACUUUGCAUCGUCUACUGCAUCAUUGCAACCUGGAUAUCAAAUUAAUAAACAAUACUUAAUGAAACAUAACAGGGCUGUGGAUUAAAUAAGGGCAUGUUUGGCUGUAGGAAUUAGCAUCUCUGUCUGUGACAGGCUGAGAAUGUGAGCUAAUCUCCUGCAGCAGAGCAGUUAAAAUAAUUGAUGAGUGUGUGCUGAAUCCCCAGGAGCGGUUGGGUGGAGGGGUGGGGGGAAGGUGCUGAUUUCAGCCCUGUAGCGUCAGGAUUGCGUCAAUUUGGGUUUCAACCACGUCUUCAGUCUCGGAGUCGAGCUACUCAGAAGAGCCAAAACAGGAAGGGGGUUGCAAAUCACUGUGAAGAGGGAAGGUCUAAAAGCUCCCUCCCCUCCCCCCUCACAGCCUCCUCCUCCUCCUCCGAAACCUUCCCGAUCUUUCAUGUUUGUGUUUUCAUCACGCUGGAAAAGAGGGCUCCGCUGGGUUUGUGCAAGCUAAGAGCUGGGCUAAGGAGAGGAAGUGCUUUUCAGUACCUCGGACAGAGCACGCAGCAAAAAUGGCUCCGAUUUCAGCGAACAGAGACGAAUUUGAUGAAAUUCCUACAGUGGUUGGGAUCUUUAGUGCUUUUGGCCUUGUCUUCACAGUCUCCCUCUUUGCUUGGAUCUGCUGCCAGCGUAAAUCUUCCAAAUCCAACAAGACCCCUCCCUACAAAUUUGUCCAUGUGCUGAAGGGGGUUGACAUUUAUCCCGAGAACCUUAAUAGUAAGAAGAAAUUUGGAGCAGAUGACAAAAGUGAAGCAAAAAGCAAAUCAGCGAUGCCAAAGAAUUCUCUCCACCUCGACCUGGAAAAGAGAGAUUUGAAUGGCAACUUCCCCAAAACAACCCCCAAAAUCCAGAGCUCUCCAGAUCUUGAGAAUUUGACUCCAAAGCACUUUGCAGAAAGAGAGAAAGAUUCAAUAUCCCCCGAGAGCUUAAAGUCCAACACUUCACUGUCUUCUGAAGAGAAACAAGACAAGCUAGGGACUCUCUUUUUCUCCUUAGAGUACAACUUUGAGAAGAAGGCAUUUGUGGUGAACAUCAAAGAAGCACGUGGAUUGCCAGCAAUGGAUGAACAGUCAAUGACUUCUGAUCCCUACAUCAAAAUGACAAUCUUACCCGAGAAGAAGCAUAAGGUGAAAACCAGAGUGCUGAGAAAAACCUUAGAUCCAGCUUUCGAUGAAACCUUCACAUUUUAUGGGAUCCCCUAUAGCCAAGUCCAAGAUUUAAUCCUUCACUUUAUGAUCUUGAGCUUUGACAGGUUUUCCAGAGAUGACGUCAUUGGAGAAGUCCUCAUUCCACUUGAAGGAAUUGAAUUGUUUGAUGGAAGGAUGCUAAUGAACAGGGAGAUCAUCAAAAGAAAUGUUAGGAAGUCAUCUGGGCGUGGAGAAUUACUGAUCUCUCUCUGUUACCAGUCUACAACAAACACUCUAACCGUGGUUGUUUUAAAAGCCAGGCACCUACCCAAAGCUGACGUUUCAGGAUUAUCAGAUCCUUAUGUCAAAGUGAACCUCUACCAUGCUAAGAAGAGAAUCUCUAAAAAGAAAACCCAUGUGAAGAAAUGCACCCCCAAUGCAGUAUUCAAUGAAUUGUUUGUCUUUGACAUUCCUUGUGAGGGCCUUGAAGAUAUCAGCAUUGAAUUUUUGGUUUUGGAUUCAGAUAGAGGGUCCAGGAAUGAGAUUAUUGGCCGGUUAACCCUGGGAGCUUCAGCAGAAGGAACAAGUGGAGAGCACUGGAAGGAAAUUUGUGAAUAUCCUAGGAGACAAAUUGCCAAGUGGCAUAUGCUGUGUGAUGGUUAGCAGCCUAGAAAUGGGUUGGAACUUAACAAAUAUUUCCAUAGGCAAGGAGCAAUUUUCUUUCUGUAUGAUGCAUAAUUACAGGCUUGUAACAACAAGACAUUUUUUUGUUAAAACUGGAGUGAACUAUCAGAACAGAAGAUAACUAAAUUUUCACAUUAAACAAAGGUCUUUCUAAUUCAUAGAAACUUGACAUAAUUUCAUAUGAUAUUCAUAUUCUGCUGGAGUUUACAUAGUAAUAGACUUGUGAAGCAGUGCAAACUUCAAUAAGAGCAGUCUAUCUGUUAUGAAUAAAUCACUGGAAACUGUAGAUUACUACUCCAUGCAGAAAUGAUAACCUCAUUAAUAUAUAUUGCUAGAUCUAGGGACAGACUUUUUUUUUAAGUCUAAAAAUUGGGAAUGCGUGAGAGGCAGGAAGAGUAUUUUAUUUGGUUUACCAUUGUAUCAGAAAUCUUCUCUUAUAGAAAUUCAACCAAUUUUCAUAAGUUUAGGGUACUUAUACUUUGAUCAACCAAAAUACAAGACAUUUUCAACAACUUGCUUUGCAUAUCACAUCAAGUGCAAAUAGUUGUUAUGUGUGUGAAAUAUUGUAUAGUCUUUUACGUUUGGGUUUUUUUUAUUAUUAUUAUUAUUAUUACAAUGGAUGAAAUAAGUAUGUUUUAAAGUAGCAAAUGAAUUAAAACUAAUAGUUUUAUAAAAAGGGCUCGGGUAUAGGUGUGCACAUGUUACAAUACGGUUAGGAUAUGUGUUUUAAGUAUGGCCUGCAAUUCCUUCCCUCACCUGCCCCACACACAGGUCACACAUUGAGCAUUUCUAAUGAAGGUAAAACAUUUUUACCAAGGUAAUGAAAUGUGAAGUAUAUUACAAUGAAUGGUCUUUCACUUGUUAUAUUUUAAAAACUUUGGAAAUAUCUGAAAUAAACUUGUCUCCAUGGUUUUUUUCUAUUUCCUUCACUCAAAAAAACCCCCCAAACCCAAAAUAA